UCAGAUAUGAGGUGGGCAAAGGCUUCAAAUUCAACCUGAGCUGUCUCAAUUUACACGAAGUCAAGAUGAUAGAAGUUCUUUACAUAAGCGCCGCUAUUAUAACCACCUCCGACCUCGGUUGAUGUAUUGAUGUAACUUACAUCAUGUAAGGGCGUUACGAACGGGCCACUUGCGACGUUUUAAACCUUAUCAAAACUCCCUAGCUUCCAAGCUUCAUGGGAAACUGCCUAACCUAAUCUUAUCCACAUGCCUUAUACAACCCAUGGGUCCAAAGCGUAAAGGCCAACCAGAACAGCAGAGCGAAGCGUCCUCUGCGUCGCCCUCCAAACAACGCAAAGCCAAUAGUAAAGAGGAAGUGGAGACUUCCGCUUCUUCUGCCUCCUCUUCCAAGCCGCAAGACCGCAACCUCCACCAUGGCUUCGAGACGUACCCGCCAUCCCGGGUAUUCCGACUAAUAGAGCCCGGCCCCGUGCUGCUAGUCACGACGGGGUCGCUGGCCGACGAGACCCAUAACGUCAUGACUAUCGGCUUCCACAUGGUGAUGCAACACGAGUCGCCGCCUCUCAUCGGCAUCUGUCUCGGGCCCUGGGACGCCUCGUUCGCCGCUCUCAAGAAGAACCGCGAGUGCGUGCUCGCUGUGCCCGACGUUGCAAUGGCCAGCGUAGUCGUCGAUAUUGGGAAUUGCUCUGCCGACGAGGAGGAUGAGCCCAGCGGCAAGUGGCAGCGCUUCGGGCUGGAAGCCUGUCCGGCUGCGAAGGUCAAGGCGCCGCUUGUAGGCGGCAGCGAUGUCAUUGCGAAUAUCGAGUGCGUGGUCGAAGACACUAAGAUGGUGAGCAAAUACUCCAUGUGGGUUCUAAAGCCCGUCAAGGCGUGGCUCAAUCCGGACAAGAAGCCCGGAGAGGGCGGCCGCAUGUUCCAUCACCGCGGCGAUGGCACGUUCGUCAUUGAUGGCGAGGUUCUAGACUUGAAGGAUAGGAUGAUCAAAUGGCAGGAAUACCAAGAUUAAAUCAUAUCUUAACGCACUCCCUAACCUUUUAUUUAGUACCGACUACCUAAGUUCG